GCCCCAGUGUGACAGCCCGGCCCGUCCUCCUCCUGCUCCUCCUGCUCCUCCUGCUGCUCCUGCCUGCCACCCCGGAGCUCCGUGCCUCUGGCCGUGUGUUGUUGGUCUGCUCUCUGGGUGUCUCCUCGCUCCUGCCGGUGGAUCUAACCUGCUUGUUUAGUUCAAUCACACACAACUGGUUGUUAACUUUGUUUGUGUCUUUACACCCGGUGCCCUGUCAUCGAUGGCGGAGGGUGUGCGCCCCGAGGACUACUGCGAUGAGCCGGCGGAGGACGACUUUGGGGAGAUCAUCAAGUGUCGAUCUGAUGAAAGAGAGGACGUUCAGAAGAAGACUUUCACAAAAUGGGUAAACUCACAGUUGGCUAAGACAGGGAAACCUCCUGUGGCGGAUCUGUUCUCAGACCUGUGUGAUGGACGACGCCUGCUGGAGCUGCUGGAGGGGCUGUCAGGACAUCAGCUGGUGAGGCUGGAGAGAGGAUUCACACGUGUUCACUCACUCAACAAUGUCAACCGGGCUCUGCAGAUCUUGCAGAAGAACAAUGUUGAACUGGUGAAUAUCGGAGCGACAGACAUCGUUGAUGGGAAUCACAAACUGAUUCUCGGGCUCAUCUGGAGCAUCAUUCUCCACUGGCAGGUAAAGGAUGUGAUGAAGGAUGUGAUGGCGGGCCUACAGCAGACCAACAGUGAGAAGAUUCUGCUGAGUUGGGUUCGUCAGAACACGCGUCAGUAUCCUCAGGUCAACGUGGUUAACUUCUCCAGCAGCUGGAAUGAUGGAUUGGCCUUCAAUGCCCUCAUCCACAGCCACAGACCUGAGCUUUUUGAUUGGAGCUCGGUGGAGAAGAAGACGUCAGCGAUCGACAGACUGGAACACGCCUUCAGUAAGGCGGAACAACACCUGGGCAUAGACAGACUGCUGGACCCUGAGGAUGUGGCGGUGCCCCGACCGGACAAGAAGAGCGUCAUCAUGUACGUGACGUCGCUCUUCCAGGUGUUUCCCCAAAGUGUUUCCAUGGAGGCCAUCAAGGAGGUGGAGACUCUGCCGAGAGCCGGGCCGGCGGCCAGCAUCAGCCGGACGACGGCAGAGGAGCACUACCAGAUCCAGACCCAGCAGCGCUUCUCUCAGCAGAUCACAGUGAGUGUGGCUCAUGGGCGAGUGCGGAGUCCCUCCCCUCAGCCUCGCUAUAAAAGCUAUGCCUACACCCAGGCUGCCUAUGUCAAGUCGCCCGAGCAAAAGAGGAGGCGUUUAACUGAUCAGUUCCUGACGCCCAGCCAGGAGGAGCUGCAGCGGGGCCUCAGUCCACUCCCUCCGGGCUCCACCAGCCUGGAGAGCUACCAAGCUGCACUGGAGGAGGUGCUGACGUGGCUGCUGUCGGCUGAAGACGGACUUCAGGCCCAGCCUUCCAUCUCCAGCCAUGUGGAGGAAGUGAAGGAUCAGUUUCACACACAUGAGGGGUACAUGGUGGAGCUGACCAGCCACCAGGGCAGCGUGGGGCGGGUCCUCCGGGCGGGCGCCGCCCUGCUGUCGGAGGGGAAUCUGAGAGACGAUGAGGACUCGGAGGUCAGGGAGCAGAUGAACCUCCUGAACUCGCGGUGGGAGCACCUGAGAGUGGCAAGCAUGGAGAGACAGACCAGACUCCACGAGGUCCUGAUGGACCUACAGCACCAGCAGCUGCAGCAGCUCAUGGACUGGUUGGACGUGACGGAGGGACGCAUCAAGAGGAUGGGGGCUCAGCCUCUGGGCCCGGACCUGGAGGACAUCAAGCACCAAGUGGAAGAGCACAAGCUUCUGCAGGAGGACCUGGAGCUGGAGCAGGUGAGGGUGAACUCGCUCACCCACAUGGUGGUGGUGGUGGACGAGAGCAGUGGAGACAGUGCCACCGCGGCCUUGGAGAGCAAACUUCAGGUGCUUGGUGAUCGCUGGGCAGCCAUUUGUAAAUGGACAGAAGAACGCUGGAUUCUGCUUCAAGAGAUUUUACUGAAAUGGCAGCACUUCACUAAUGAACAGUGUUUGUUUGACUCCUGGCUGACUCAGAAGGAGGAGCUGGUCAGCUCCAUCAAGACCUCCAACCUUAAGGACCAGGCAGAGAUGGUGGCUUGUCUCCGCCGUCUUGCUAUGGUGAAGGCAGACCUGGAGGUGAAGCGUCCCACCAUGGACAAGCUGUGCUCUAUGAGUCAGGACCUGCUGUGCAGUGUAAAGAACAAGGACGUGGCCAACAAACUGGAAGCCAGACUGGACAGCUUCGCCCAGCGCUGGGACCGACUGAUCCAGAGUCUGGAGACGAGCAGCUCCCAGCUGUCAUCAAGUGUCAGUGUGUCCCAGCACUCCGAGCUGACCCACUCUGUCACGACCACCGUCACCAAGGUCACAACAAGUGGGAAGGUGGCCGCUGUCCGCCAGACACGAGAGUCGCCGCCACCGCAGAAGAAGCGCCAGGUCGUGGACGACUCUGAACUCAGGAAAAGGUUUGAUGUGGACUUCACAGAGGUCCACAGCUACAUGACCCGCGGGGAGGCCAUCCUCCAGAGCCCGGAAUUCUCAGUGUCCCGAAAGGAGGGCAGCAUUCAGGACCUGUAUGACAAAGUGCAGGCGAUAGAGCGCGAGCGGCCAGAGAAGUACCGUAAGCUGCAGGAGGCAACACGCACGGCCCAGACCCUGGUUGAGCAGGAGGGAAGCCGUGCUGAUGACAUUGCCCAGGCAGCCGAGCAGCUGAACCAGCGCUGGGUGGGAUUCUGUGCCCUGUUGGCAGACAGGCUGGCAUGGCUGGCUUACCAGACAAAGGUGCUGUCCUUCUACAGCUUGUAUGAGCAGUGUGAGCAGGCAGUGGACUUCAGUGAGAACUGGCUCAAGGUCCAGGCGCCUCCAGCCUCUGAAGCAGAACCACUGAAAGUACAACUGGACCGAUGUCGAGAGGAGGUGGCUCGACUGGCCUCCCUGCAGCCUCAGGUGGACCUGUUGGAGAAGCAGCUGCAGGAGCUGAAAGAGGAAAAGGAAGGAGAGGAGGACCCUUCUGUUUUCCUGGACGCCGACAUCAGUGCCUUCAAAGAGCACUACCAAGAAGUCCUGGAGAACCUGAGGGCCCGAGAGAGGCAGCUGCAACUGGUUUUGGAGAGCUUGCCCCCGGCUCGUUAUAAGGAAACCAUAUCAGUGCUGUUGGCAUGGUUACAACAGUGUGAGGCAAAGCUGGCCAUCCCAUCCACGGCCGUUACAGAGCAUCCUAUUAUGGAAGAGAGGCUGAAGGAUGUUCAGGACCUCCAGGUGGCGCUGAUCGAACACCAGGGGGAGGUGGACUACCUGACCUCCACUGUGGAGCAGGUCUUCCAGAAAGCUCCACAAGACAUCAGCCAGAAGUAUCGGAUAGAGAUGGACGGCAUCAUGGCGCGUUGGAGACGACUCGGCACCAUGCUGGAGGACAACGCCCAGAGGAUCCAGGAGCUUAUGGCCAAACUGAUUCAGUUUGAGAACGAUGUAAAGACUUUAAAGAAGUGGAUGGCAGAUGUGGACGUCUUCCUGAACGAGGAGUGGCCGGCGCUGGGAGACUCUGAAGCUCUGGAGAAACAGUUGGAGCAGUGCACAGCUCUGGUGAAUGACAUCCACACCAUCCAACCCAGUUUGAAUGGCAUCAAUGAAGUGGGUCUGUACCUGAAGAAAGAGGCCGAGCCGCCGUUCGCCAUCCACAUCCAGAAGCUACUGGAUGAGCUCAACGCCCAGUGGGAGAACGUCUGCAAGCAGGCCUAUGCGAAGAAGUCCGCUCUGAAAGGAGGCCUCGAUAAGACCAUGGCUCUGAGGAAGGAGAUGCAGGAGAUGCAGGAGUGGAUCAACCAGGCCGAGGAAGACUACCUGGAGAGAGACUUCACGUACAAGUCCCCCGAGGAGCUCCGCAAGGCCGUGGAGGAGCUCAAGAGGGCUCAGGAGGAGGUCCACUCCAAGGAGCUAAAGGUGAAACUCCUCACCGACAGCGUGAACAGCUUCAUCGCCAAGGCCCCGCCCACAGCCCACGAUGCCCUGCGCUCGGAGCUGGACGUGCUGACGGCCAACUACCAGCGCCUGUGCAGCCGCCUGGAUGGGAAAUGUAAAACUCUGGAGGAGGUGUGGGCCUGCUGGUGUGAGUUGCUCUCCUACCUGGAGCAGGAAAACGCCUUCCUGGAUCAGCUGGAGCAGAAACUGGACGAGACAGAAAACCUGCAGGGAGGAGCAGAGGAGCUGCAGGAGGCGCUGGAUAGCCUGGAGGUCCUUCUCCGUCAUCCAGAGGACAACAGGAACCAGAUCCGAGAGCUGGCCCAGACGCUGAUGGACGGAGGAGUCCUGGAUGAACUGAUUCAACAAAAACUGGAUGCGUUCAACACACGAUGGGACGAACUUAUGGCCAGGGCGCUGCUCCGGAAGAAAGAGCUGGAGAAGAGCGUCCAGUGGGCUCAGGAGAACGACAAGACCCUGAGGGAGCUCCAGGAGUCUCUCGCUAACACAGACCGCCACCUCACCUCCUACCUGACCGACCACAUAGACGCCCAGCAGAUUCCACAGGAGGCUCAGAAAAUCCAGACAGAGCUGAGUGGACAUGAUGUGACUCUGGAGGACAUGAGGAAGAAGAACCAGGACAAGGACUCGUCCCAGAGGGUCAUGGGACAGAUUGACCUUACACAGAAAAUGUUGACAGACGUGUGGACGAAGUUCCGGCUCUUCCAGAAGCCGGCCAACUUUGACGCUCGGCUGGCGGAAUGUGAGCGUGCGCUGGCCGUGGUCAAAAGUCAGGUGGGGGUGCUGGACAUCCGCAGUGUGGAGCAGGACGUGGUGCAGUCGCAGCUGGAGCAGUGCAUGAAGUUGUACAAGAUGCUGAGUGAAGUGAAAGGCGAGAUAGAGACUGUGAUAAAAACCGGGCGGCACAUCGUCCAGCGGCAGCAGACCGAGCAUCCCAAAGAGCUGGACGACAGGGUGACCGCCCUGAAGCUGCUCUACAACCAGCUGGGGUCGCAGGUAACUGAGAGUAAGUUGGAGCUGGAGAAGAGUCUGAAGUUGUCGAGGAAGUUGCGUAAGGAGCUGAACGGGCUGACGGAGUGGCUGGCGGCCACUGACGCCGAGCUGACCCGGCGCUCUGCGGUGGACGGCAUGCCCAGUGACCUGGAGGCUGAGGUGGCAUGGGCACAGUCCAUCCAUGAGGAGACGGAGCGGCGCCAGCCUCAGCUGCAGGCAGUGGUGGACCUGGCCGAGGCCCUGAAGGCUGUGCUGCGGGGCCACGACGGCCUGGUGGACGACAAAGUCAGCCUGCUUCACUGCAACUGGAUCGCAGUCACAUCCAGGGCAGAGGAAUGGCUCAACCUGCUGCUGGACUAUCAGCGGCAGAUGCAGAAUUUAGAUGGAACGAUAGAGGAAGUGAACAGAUGGAUCGACGGAGCGGAGAGAAAGAUGGAUGACUUGGACGAACAGGGAACCAACGACGCUGUGUUGAAGGUUUUGCGUGCGGAGCUGGAGCUGACGAAGGUUAAGAUGGAGGAGGUGAGGACUUUGGCCCAGGAGCUCAUGUCCACCAGGGGGGAGAACUGCCAGGCUCAGGUGGGACCCAAAGUGCAGCGGCUCAACCAGAGAUUUGACAUCAUCGCUCAACGCAUCUCCUCUGGACUGACCGCUGCAUCAGCCAAGGAGCUGGAGCAGUACCACAGUGAAGCACAGAUCUGGCUGGAGCUCCUGGAGGAAGAAGUCAAACAAGGGGAGAACCUCACGGAGGAGGACUUCCAGGAAGAUAAGGAUUGUGAGGAAGGUGCAGUGAAGGAGUUACUGUUGAAAGGAGAGAAUCUACAGAAGAGAGUCCCAGAUCUGGACAAGAGAGAGCAGAUCCGAGUGAAACAGAACCAGCUCAACAGCAAGUACAACACUGUCAAGGACCUGCGUUUACUGAGGAACAGGAAAGCGUUGGCUAUCGCUCCCCAGUGGUACCAGUACAGGAGGAAAUCACAUGACCUGCUGGCCUGGCUGGACGACAUCCAGCGCAGCGUGGACCAACUGCCCGACCCCCCCGAGGGAGAGAGGGUCAAGGAAAUUGGCUCAGAGUUCGACAAGAAGAAGGAGGAGCUUAAGGAGGUGCAGGGCUUAGCCAAUCAGCUCUCAGAAGCUGGAGCCGCCAAUCUAGUGGAACCCCGCCAGCUCCAGCUCAACACGCGUUGGGUUGAGGUGGAGGGCAAGUUCAUACCCUUCAAAAGACAAUGUGAGUACAUGACGGGGCUGCAGGCGCUGCUGCGUUCCGUGUCGGAGACGGACUUCAAGCUGAACUCUCCUGAAUACUGGCCUGCAGCGUAUUAUAACCUGCCUCAGCAAGAGCACUGCCUGAAGGAGGGGAAGGAGAGCAUUGACAAGCUGCGAGGCCCCGUGGAGGGAGCGUUGGCCCACAGAGAGGAAAUGGUGUUGAGUGCACGGCCUCUGGAGGGUCAGAGGAUCCAGGAGACGGCCUCUCUCCUCAGCACCAACUGGGACAAACUGAACAAGCUCUACCUGGACAGACUGAAACGUUGGCAGGACUGCAACGCCAAGUGGCAGAAGUUUGUUUCAGAUCAGAAGGGGGUGGAGGAGUGGCUGAGUGACGCUGAGAGCACUUUGAAACUGGCUGAGACGGAUCCAACAGCACACAGACAGAAUCUCAGGGACUUGACAGAGGCCAUACCUCUCCAGGAAGUGGUGCUGGGCAGAGUGAACUCCACAGGAGAGGACAUCAGCCAGUUGAGCACACCAGACGAUGCCUUGCGUCUCCAGACACAUCUCAAAUUACUCAACACUCGCUGGGUUAACACCUGCCAGCAGCUCAACGAGCACAAGAGGAGGUCUUCAGAGGCUCGUACAGCGGCUGCAGCGCUGCAGGAGGACGUGGGCUCGAUGCUGGGCUGGUUGGACAAGGCAGAGGGCGUCCUGGCCAUCCCGCUGCAGCCUGCAGAGCCACAGCACAUCAGAGACACUCUGGGCAAAGUCCAGGCCCGCGUGGAGGAGCUUCCUGCCAAGAAGGCGGCAGUGGACGACCUGAACUCCAGGAACAAACAGAUAACACUUCCUGCUGACAAACAGAAAGACGUCAGGAUCAUCAACAGCCGCUGGGCUCAGGUGUCCAGGGCUCUGCCCGAGCGUCAGCUGGAGAUUGAGGGUCUCCUGAGGGAGCUGGAGAUGCUUCAGGGUCAGGUGGACGACCUGGGAGCGUGGGCGUCCAGCACCAGAACCAGGCUCGAGCAGAGCCCUGAGGAGCCACCGCCCAGGAUCAUGGAGGAGGUGCAAGUUAAGGAACCAGAGGUGGAAGUCGUUUUGACGCGAGCCGAUCAAAUGUACAAGGACACUCCGCCCAGCCAGCCGGACAAGAUGAAGUGUGCCAAGCUGAGAGAAGACUGGACAGUGAUCCUGGAGCUGCUACGGCAGCACAGAGAGAGAAUGGCUGCUCUCCUGGUGGCCAGAAAAACCACUGAAACUCUGACAGCAAGUUCCCAGCCUGACUCUGCGGCGCUGGCUCAGUUCAACAAGUCCUGGGCCGAGCUCACUGAUUGGCUGACCAUGCUGGACAACAUGGUGCAGAACAAGCGAGUGGUGGUGGCCGACCUGGAGGACAUCAGCGACAACAUCGGCCUGCUCAAGGACUCUCUGGGGCAGCUGGACCAGAAGCGUCCCCUCCUGGAGAGACAGGUCACAGCAGCCCAGAACCUGAAGAACAAAACCAGCAAUCAGGAGACGCGCAACUCCAUCACUGAACGCAUCGACCGGCUUCAGACUCACUGGGAGGACUCGCAGACCAAACUCUCCGACCGGACGAAGCAGCUUCACAACAUGCUGCAGGACUCCACCGAUUGGCUGGACGCGAAGAAGGGGGCGGAUCAUCACAUCAAGCUGGCCAGUGAGAGGCUGGAGUCCUGGCAGGAGAUCACCUACACAAUGGACGCACUGAAGCAACAGAAUGCUGAACUGAAGUCCUUUGUGAAGGAGUUGCAGCAGGGGCAGGGUCAGGUGGAUAAAACCAACGCACUAGCUGACAAACUGGUGACACUGUACGCCAAUGACGACACGCACAAGGUCACUCAGGUCAACGAUAACAUGAUGGCUACCUGGACACACAUCAACAAACGGGUUUCGGACAGGGAGUCUGCUCUGGAGGAAGGUCUGAAGGUGCUGCAGCAGUUCUACCUGGACCUGGAGAAGUUCCUCAGCUGGCUGACGGAGGCUGAGACCACCUGCAACGUGUUGAUCGACGCCACCAACAAGCAGAGACUGCAGGAGCAGCCUGAGGCCGCCAGGAACCUGCUGGCACAGUGGAGGGACCUCCAGGCAGAGAUUGACAGCCACACAGAGCUGUACCACUCCCUGGAUGAGAAUGGCCAAAGGAUUCUUUCCUCGCUCGACGACUCGGCGGAUGCUGCUCUGCUCCAGAAACGUCUGGACAACAUGAGCCAGCGCUGGCACGACCUGUGCACCAAGACCCUCAGCAUGAGGGCCCACCUGGACUCAGAGAUGGCCCCGUGGAAGAGGCUCCACAUGUCCUUGCAGGAGCUCCUGAACUGGCUGAGGCUUAAAAGUCAACAGCUAGCUCAUGAGCCGCCUGUGGGGGGCGAUGUCCCCGCCGUGCAGUCGCAGCUGGACACACACCGGGGAUUCAGGAGGGACCUGAGAGCUAAGGAGCCAGUUGUGACCAAGAGUCUGGACGAUGUAGGAGUCUUUCUGUCAGAACUGCCCCGAGGCACACCAUCGCCUGAUCAGAGAGAUAUCAGCCCUGAAGAGCGCGCACACAAUGUGGGGCGAAUCCUGCGCAAGGAAGCCGAUGACGUGAUGGUCAAGUGGGACCAGCUCAACGUUGACUCGGCUGACUGGCAUCGGAAGCUGGAGCUGGCUCUGGACCGGCUGAUGGAGCUCCAGGAGGCGGAGGACUUGCUGGACGGACAGCUGAGGCAGGCGGAGAUGGUGAAGGAGGCAUGGGAACCUGUGGGGGACCUGCUGAUAGACUCUCUACCGGAGCACAUCGAGAGAGUAAAGGAGUUCCAGGAAGAGAUCGCUCCGAUUAAAGAUGAUGUAACUCACAUGAACCAGCUGGCGUCCACUUUCGGCCCCCAUGACAUCCAGCUGUCGCCCAACAACCUGGAACGCAUCGAAGAGCUCAACACACGCUGGAGACUGCUGCAGGUUACCAUGGAUACGGGGAAAAACAACUCAGGCAGGAAUGGAUUGGGUGAGGUGGACUCAAAGAUCUCCAUCAGUGAACAUCUCAAGCAGCUGACGGACGCUCACCGUGACUUUGGCCUUCUGCACGGGUCAGUAGAGAGCCCCUUCGAGCAGGGCGUCUCCCCCAACAAUGUGCCCUACUACAUCAAAGAGAAAGCUGGACCCGACCUGACCACCGAGACGCUCCACCAGACCCAGACAACAUGCUGGGACCAUCCCAAGAUGGCCGAGCUCUACCAGUCUCUGGCCGACUUGAACAAUGUUCGAUUCUCGGCCUACAGAACAGCCAUGAAGCUCCGGCGCCUGCAGAAGGCCCUCUGCUUGGACCUGGUGAGCAUGCCCGUGGUGUGCGAGGUGCUGGACCAGCACGGCCUGAAGCAGAACGAGCAGCUGCUGGACAUCUCCCAGCUGGUCACCUGUCUGACCAGCCUGUACCAGCGGCUGGAGCAGAGCCACUCGCACCUUGUCAAUGUCCCGCUGUGCGUGGACAUGUGUCUCAACUGGCUGCUCAACGUCUACGACACUGGUCGCACCGGAAAGAUCCGGACUCUGUCGUUCAAAACUGGAAUCAUCUCGCUCUGCAAGGCUCACCUGGAGGACAAAUACAGAUUCUUGUUCAGACAGGUGGCCAGUGCCACAGGUUUCUGUGACCAGCGUCGCCUCGGCCUCCUCCUCCACGACUCCAUCCAGAUCCCCCGGCAGCUCGGCGAGGUCGCCUCCUUCGGCGGCUCCAACAUCGAGCCGUCCGUCCGCAGCUGCUUCCAGUUUGCAAACAACAAACCAGAGCUAGAGGCAGCCAUGUUCCUCGACUGGAUGCGCCUGGAGCCCCAGUCCAUGGUGUGGUUACCCGUCCUGCACCGCGUGGCUGCCGCUGAGACGGCCAAGCACCAGGCCAAGUGCAACAUCUGCAAGGAGUGUCCCAUCAUAGGUUUCAGAUAUCGGAGUCUGAAACAUUUCAACUAUGACAUUUGCCAAAGCUGCUUCUUCUCUGGUCGCGUUGCCAAGGGCCACAAGAUGCAGUACCCCAUGGUCGAGUACUGCACUCCGACAACAUCAGGGGAGGAUGUCAGGGACUUUGCCAAGGUGCUGAAGAACAAGUUCAGGACCAAGCGCUACUUUGCGAAACACCCACGCAUGGGCUACCUGCCUGUGCAGACCAUCCUGGAGGGAGACAACAUGGAGACUCCUGUCACUCUGAUCAACUUCUGGCCCGUUGACCAUGCGCCCGGCUCGUCCCCUCAGCUCUCACAUGAUGACACGCACACUCGGAUCGAGCACUACGCCAGCCGGUUAGCAGAAAUGGAGAAUCGUAAUGGCUCAUAUCUGAAUGACAGUAUCUCACCCAAUGAAAGCAUCGAUGACGAGCACAUGUUGAUCCAGCACUACUGCCAGUCUCUGAACCAAGGCUCUCCUCUCAGCCAGCCCCGCAGCCCCGCCCAGAUCCUCAUCUCCAUGGAAUCAGAGGAGAAGGGGGAGCUGGAGCGGGUCCUGAACGACCUGGAGCAGGAGAACAGGAAGCUGCAGUCGGAGUACGACCGGCUGAAGAAGGCUCACGACAGGAAGGGCCUGUCUCCGCUGCCCUCGCCUCCAGAGAUGCUCCCGGCGUCACCGCAGAGCGCGCGUGACGCCGAACUCAUCGCCGAGGCCAAACUGCUGCGGCAGCACAAGGGACGUCUGGAGGCCCGGAUGCAGAUCCUGGAGGACCACAACAAGCAGCUGGAGUCCCAAUUGCACAGGCUGAGACAGCUGCUGGAGCAGACGGAUUCCAAGGUGAACGGCACAGCUCUGUCUUCUCCCUCCACCUCCUCUCAGCGCUCCGACUCCUCCCUCCCUCUGCUACGUGUGGCAGCCAGCCAGACUACUGACACAAUGGGUGACGAUGAGCUGUCCAGCCCAUCCCAAGAUGCAUCUGGGCUGGAGGAAGUGAUGGAACAGCUCAACAAUUCCUUCCCUCACAGCCAGGGAGGGAGAAGGGGACACCCAUGAGAGGUCCCAGCAUCGGCAGUUUGUUCCACAUGGCGGAUGACCUGGGCCGAGCCAUGGAGUCACUGGUCAACGUGAUGACGGACGAGCAGAGCGCCGAGCAGCACGAGGCCCCGCCCUUCUGAUCCGCCCUGCCUACCCCUCCCCUCCUCCCCUCCCCCCCUCCACCUAUAGCAUGCUUUUCUAGUCAAAACAACUGGAUUGGAAACACAGUUUACAAAGAGAAUAUAUAACGUCUAUUUUUGUGAAGGAUUGCGGUUCCAACGAUGCGUUUAAAAUAACAACAACAACAAAAAGAAGAAAAAACAUUAUAACUUGUAGAUUUCAGUAGUUUCUUAAAACGUCCUGAAGUUGUUUUAUUAUUAACAGAGGCUGGUUUUUAAACUUCUAUGCAACUGUAUAAAACUGGGGUGGGGGGGAGGCCGGGGGUCGGAUGAGAUACAAAUACGUGUGUUCAGUGUGGUCAUAUAUUUGUCAUCUCUUUGUAAUUGGGGAAACAGCUCAAAGCAUUUCAGACAUUUGUAUCAAAAGAGAAUGAUUGUAAUCAUAAGGGUGCUUACAAAGAGGAGGCUGUCUUUGAAUAACAGUGAACACUACUGUCAAGGUAAAGCAGGCGUCCUGGGUCUUUACAGUGCGUUGUCUGUGAGACUGUGUGGGUGUGUGUGUUUAUGUAUGGAUGUGUGUGUGUGUGUGUGUGUGUUUGGGUGUGGUGCCUAAUUUCCACAUGACAUUACAGCUUUUUUUUUGCUUUGGCUUACAAACCUCUUAUUGUAUUUGAUUUUUCUAUCAUCCAUCCACUCAUCCGUCCAUUUAUCCAUCCAUCCAUCUUUCCAUCUCCCGUUUUUCUGAGCAUCUCCAUGAGAACAGGAUUUAUCUUUGUAUUUGUCUCCAGCACAGUGUGCGUGUGCACGAGCAGAGGUUGUAAAGGCCUGAGUCAGAACUGAGAUAAGUCAAUGAGGUCACUGCAAACACACAGAGUCCCACCUCAGUGAGUCUGUGACCACUGCAACGCUUUACUGGCUGUUCUGAUGGGUUCAUGCUGUUCCACUUAUUAACAGUAGGUGGCAGUAAUGUGCCACACAAAGCUGCACUGGGUUCAUGUUACUGUCCCUGUUUGCAGAUAUGUGCAGUGUAGAAAAGAUCCACCCCAGCCAACGUGGAGGUCAGAGCCAUAACUGGCUUUACAGAGUUUUUAAAUUCUUUAGUUCUGCGCAGGGCUUCACAGACGCCCUCAGGAAGAACAUCUGACUAUUGCACUGGUUCAUAUUACUGCACAAGUGUCUUCUGGGGUUCUGCUGCGUGCACACUGUACACUGUGUGUUGGUCUAUACGUUGACAGCUUCUCCCUGUCAGAGUCACUGUAUAAGAGGAAGUGAGAUGAAUGUUGUGUCAGCUGAAUCUGAGCUCUGCAGUUUUUCUGCUGGUUGAGGCUGAGAGUAUUUUCUCGGAAUAGGUCAUUUUGAUUUCAAUAACAAAAGAAGCCCAGUAACAUAAGCUCUACCUCGUGUAAAUUGUUUAAGUCUAGUUCAGAGGCAAUUUCUCUACUGUUCUCAAUCCUGCACUCUUCUCAGAUUGUUAAUUCAGAUUUGAUUCUUGCCGGCUGAUGGAUUGAUUCAGGUCAGAUGUGCCACCAGCUCCUGCCUGCAGUGUGGGAGCCUCCAGUCUGAAUGUUGGAAUGCACUCGCUGCAUUUCUCACCCGUCGGUUUUUCUAUUAUUCAAGUAUUGAAACAUUUCACACAAAUCAGAGUGAUCCAUGUGCACUACUGUCAUACCUGGGAUAUACUAGAUGCAUUUAUUCUAGUUGUGUUACGUUUUGUUCUUUGGUUAAACUUUUAAGUUUUGUGCCGUGUGAGGUGUUACCAUAUAAGCAUGUGUGACUAAACGAAUCCAUCCUUAUUUAACGUGUUCUCACUCGGACGUCCUGGCGUUUUACACACGUGUGUUUUCAACUUCAUUUUCUUGCAGCAUGAUCCCAGAGGUUUUACUUGUUUUGGUCCAGACACUGAAUUUGAUUUUGUUUGUCUUUCUUUUCCUUUUUUUUAACAUUCGUUUCAUUAUCAGAUAAUUUUUCAAAUAACGCAUCAAUUCUUCACGACAUAUCAGAUUCCACCAAAUAUAUGCCUUACUACUGUAUUAUAAAAUGCUUUACUGUAUAUCAAUAAAGCACGCAGUUCUGUUGAUUGGA